AUGCUGACUUUCAGCCUCGUCAUUUUGGCCCGUCUACUUGCCUCGUCAUUGUUGCCAGCCUUGAUGCAGGCAGAUAUGAUGAUCACUUUAUUUCUAUAUAAUAUGACCAGUGGAGUGCAGACCCCUGCUGCAGUCCCAAAAACGAUCGCCCACUUUACGAUGCCAACCGCGAUGCCUGAAGUCGAGUUCUCAAAGCUAGAAACCACACUCAUUACUGAGGACAUCAGAGUCUGA